AGUUGACGUUUCAUUGACGUUUAAUAUAACCUAACUUUUUCAAUUCAACAAUAAUCCAACAAUAACACCAGUUUUAUUGUUACUAAUUUCGAAAUUAUCGUACAGUAAGUGCUAUAAAGAUAUAUUAGCUCAACUUAUCAAUAUUUCCGGAAAACCCAAUCACACCAUUGUACUCGUAUCAUUAAAUUUAUGUAUGUUAUGACACAUCAGCUGUUCUUGUAGGCGUGUAUUGAAAGUGGGAAGUAAAAAUUGAGUCGAAAUAUAAAUAAUGAUUGGGAAGGAAUCGCGUGUGAGUGACGAAGAUGAUGUAACUGUUAAACUUUCCAGUCGAAAUCGAAUUAUUUGUUUGUUGUACUACUUUCAAAACGUUUUGACAAUGUGAAACAGUUUUAUUAUAAAAGAAAAGCUUCAAGAAUGAGUAAUGAUAACGGCAGGUUUGUCAUCAAAUACCAACAGCUCCUUCGCGAUUUGAAGACUACCAUCGAGGGACUUCUUGUUAGUCAAGUGCCAAACUUAUGGUCUAUUUAUGGUGGUUUAAACAGGUUACACGUUGAUGUAGAAAAAAUAUUUAAACAUGGAUGUAAAACGAGUACAGAAAAUCAAAUUUCUGGAUAUUAUCAUUUUGUACAAGGAUUAGAAUGGCUGUAUCCUGAUAGUUCAAAAUCAACUUUAGUUGUAGAUUGUGAAUAUAAAUCUCAUUUCCCCCAACAUAUAAAAAACGACAAAGCUUCAAUCUGGUUGUAUCGUUCAUUAGAAAAUCAUUCACUUUCCCAAAAAUUAUCAUGGUUAUUAUCAGAUAAAACUCACUUAUUAGCUUGUUAUCAAUCUUCAGCAUUCCUUUGUCAACCAAAGUAUUCUGAGGCAAUAUUAAUUUGUUUAAGAGCUGUUGAAAGAAAUGAACUUACUUUAUUAUCAGAAAUAGAUCCAUGUUUAUUCCUUCAUAAAGAAACUGUACAGGUUUAUGAGAGGCGGCAUCGAAGAUGUUCUUCUUUACCUGAUACGCGUUUUAAAAAUAUUUUAAUAAAACCGUCCAAAACAUUGAAAGAAGAAAAUCCAGUUCAUAAAAAAUUUCAAAUUAGUAUUUUUAAAGCUUGGAGUAGCACUCCGAAUUUAGGCCCAACGAAAACGAAUGUUAUUGAAGCAAAAAGUCACACUAAUCCAUCUACUCCUGUUAAUCACAGCAGAAAAAUAUCGAUAAGUUCAUUAAAAUCCCCAGUUUUAUUAGAAAACGAUCGAUUAAGUAUUCGAAGUGUUGAAAUUGAUCAAUUAACACCAAUAAAAAAGGAAAGUAAUGUUAAAUUACGACCCGUUAUUAUAAAUAACGAAGAUAUAAUCGAACAUACCCCCCCUUCAACAAGUCAGCAACAAAACAUAAAUGGUGUACACGAUUUAAAAUCCCCUUUAAAAGGUCGAUUUGCGAAAUCGCCAGAUUUAGGGUUCUUAAAUGCUUUAGCUGGCGAAAAAGAUUUUAAACAUAAACCCAAAAAAACUUUUAUUGAAGAUGGGGGAAUGAGUAUCUUACCAACAGCGACGGGAUAUUUUCCACGUCCUAAAAAAGGUCAAACUUUAACUUCAUUCUUAACGUCUAGUCAAUUUAGUCGCGCAAAUGCUGAAUUAGAUCGCGAAAACGCCCACUUUAGUAUUUCCGAAGCGAUGAUAGCGGUGAUCGAGCAAAUUCGAUGCGGAAGAAGUCUUAAAUUAAUCGACGAAGCAGACGAAAGCGACGAAGAAAUCAACAAUCUCAAACAACGAAUUCGGUUACGAAGGAAAGAAAAACAAGAAGAAAAGCAAAAACGGCUUCUUUUGAAUAGCUUAGUUAGCGAAAAAUCAGAUUUAAAUCCGACGGAAACGAGUCCAUAUUCUUCUUCGCCUGCAACGAAUUCUUUGAGUUCUGGUGGGGGAGUUGAGGAUAUGGAUAUUGAUGAAGUUAAUGAUUGGUUAUUGGAAAAGGAAGGGUUAUCUAUGUCAAUGGCUUCUUUAUAUUCUGAAGCAGAUGUUUUAAAGAAACCUAGAGGUGCACCAGAUGGAGCUUCUGAUAUUAUGUCCGCGGAAGGGGUCGCUUUGUCGCUUAUCAGCCGAUUUAAUGAGAAACAAUUACCAAGGGCUUCGGAAUUGGAGUGGAUAGUUUCCGAAGAAGAUGCACCCCAAGCACUUUUACCUCUACCAAAAACAUGGCUCGAUGAUUCACAAGAUGUUAGUACAAUUUCGUUACGGGGUACUCAAGACUGGGCGCCCCCCAGACCACAAAUUAUUUUUACUUUACAUCCAGCACCAAUUCGAAAACAAUUAAUGGCGAAACAAGAUUAUAGAUGUGCUGGAUGUGGAAUGCGAGUGGCCCCACAAUACGCAUCAAAAUUCCGUUAUUGCCACUAUCUAGGUAGAUAUUUCUGUACUGGAUGUCACACAAAUCAAGUAUCUAUCAUACCAGCAAGAAUAAUACAAAAAUGGGAUUUUGCACGAUACCCAGUUUCGAACUUUUCUUAUAGAUUAAUCGAACAAAUGUACGUCGAUCCUUUAUUUAGAGUGUUUGAAUACAACAAAAACAUCGCAAAAAGGAGCGCGAAUCUCGCUACGUGUAGAACUUACAGGAUAGGAUUGCAUUAUAUGAGAGAUUUCAUUCUUAAUUGUCGUUUCGCGGAGACAAUUCAAGAUUAUUUAAAUUGUGAACGAACGUUUUUAUUUAACGACCCCGAAUUAUUUUCGUUGGAAGAUUUAUUAAGUGUUAGAAGUGGUGAAAUGAAGAGUCAUUUGAGGUGUGUUAUUGAGAUGUGUUGGAGGCAUAUUUUAGAAUGUCAGUUGUGUUCAGCACGUGGAUUUAUAUGUGAAAUCUGUAAAGAUCCUAAAGUAAUUUUUCCAUGGCAACAACGCACAGUUUCUAGGUGUGGAAAAUGCGGGACAUGUUUUCACUCAAUUUGUUGGACGAUAGAUACGCCUUGUGUGAGGUGUGCCCGAAUAAAUAAACGCAAAACUAGCUUGCAAGAUAACAAAUUUGAGAAUUGAUGAGUUUUUAGAAAUAAUAUAAAUCAAUGUAUUUUAUGUAAUAUAGAAAAAAAUACUCAAUU